CUAUUGGCUGGGAGGCAGCCAGAAGGCAGCCCAGUGGAAGACAAGGCAAGCUGGAUUGGGAAACUCAGCCUAGAAGCCUGGAUUUGGGGGUUCCCAUUGGGGGACAUGGAGGCUGCAAGGAGGAACCCCCCAGGAAAGUGGGCCAGGGACAGCAGGGUCAACGAGGCUUACAACGUCAACAGCGGGCUCCUCUCCGUCAAUGGCUUCACCAGCUUACGGCCUGAUGGUGGUGGUGGUGGCAGUGGCAGCAGUGGUGGCGAGAGUUCCAAGGAGAGUUCUAGGUGCUCCACACCAGUGCUGGAACCCGAGCGGCAUGAGCGCCUGCGGGAGAAGAUGCGCCGGCGCUUGGAGUCUGGGGACAAGUGGUUCUCCCUUGAGUUCUUUCCGCCCCGGACCUCCAGCGGGGCCGUCAACCUCAUCUCUAGGUUUGACCGCAUGGGGACGGGGGGCCCUCUCUUUGUGGACGUGACGUGGCACCCGGCGGGGGACCCCGGCUCGGACAAGGAGACCUCCUCCAUGAUGAUCGCCUCCACCGCCCUCAACUACUGCGGCCUGGAGACCGUCCUCCACAUGACCUGCUGCCACCAGACGCCCGCCACCGUCAGCGCCCACCUCCGCAAGGCCAAGCACCUCGGCCUCAAGAACAUCAUGGCCCUGCGCGGAGGCCCAUUCGGCGAAGAAUGGGAGGAGGAAGCCGGCGGGUUCAACUACGCCGCCGACUUGGUGAAGCACAUCCGGCGGGAGUUCGACGACUACUUCGACAUCUGCGUGGCAGGCUACCCCAAGGGCCACCCGGAGGCGGAGAGCUACGCGGAGGACCUGAAGCACCUGAAGGAGAAGGUCUCGGCGGGGGCCGACUUCGUGGUCACGCAGCUCUUCUUCCGCGCCGAGACCUUCCUCACCUUCCUGAAGGACUGCCAAGCCAUCGGCAUCACCUGCCCCAUCGUCCCCGGGAUCUUCCCCAUCCAGGGCUACCACUCCUUGCGCCAGCUGGUGAAGCUCUCCAAGCUGGAGGUGCCGGAGGAGAUCACCGAGGUCAUCGAGCCCAUCAAGGACAACGACGCCGCCAUCCGCAACUACGGCAUCGAGCUGGCCGUGCGCAUGUGCCGGGCCCUGCUGGACAGCGGCCUCGUCCACGGCCUCCACUUCUACACCCUCAACCGGGAGGUGGCCACCAUCGAGGUGCUCCGGAGGCUCGGCCUCUGGAACGAGGACCCCCGGCGCCCCUUGCCCUGGGCGGUCAGCGCUCACCCCAAGCGGCGGGUGGAAGACGUCCGGCCCAUUUUCUGGGCUUCCCGGCCAAAGAGCUACAUCUACCGGACCCAAGAGUGGGACGAGUUUCCCAACGGCCGCUGGGGCAACUCGUCCUCCCCGGCCUUUGGGGACCUGAAGGACUACUACCUGUUCUACCUGAAGAGCAAAUCUCCCCGGGACGAACUGCUGAAGAUGUGGGGAGAAGAGCUGACCAGCGAGGAGAGCGUCUUCGAGGUCUUCCGGUGUUACAUCGCAGGGGAACCCAACAGGAACGGGCACAAGGUGACCUGCUUGCCCUGGAACGACGACCCUCUGGCGGCCGAGACCAACCUGCUGAAGGCGGAGCUGGCCAAGGUCAACCGGCUGGGCAUCUUGACCAUCAACUCCCAGCCGCGCAUCCACGGGAAGCCCUCCACCGACCCCAUCGUGGGUUGGGGACCCCCCGGCGGAUACGUCUUCCAGAAGGCUUACCUGGAGUUCUUCACCUCCAGCGAGAACGUCCGGGCGCUGCAGGCCGUGCUGAAGAAGUACGGGCAGCGGGUCAACUACCAUAUUGUCAACGUCAAGGGGGAGAACAUCACCAACGCUCAUGACAUGCAGCCCAAUGCCGUGACCUGGGGCAUCUUCCCCGGGAGGGAGAUCAUCCAGCCCACAGUCGUGGACCCCGUCAGCUUCAUGUACUGGAAGGACGAGGCCUUUGCCCUGUGGAUCGAGCAGUGGGCCAAGCUCUACGAGGAGGAGUCCCCCUCCCGCAUGAUCAUCCAGUACAUCCACGACAACUACUUCCUGGUCAACCUGGUGGACAACGACUUCCCCCUGGAGAGCUGCCUCUGGCAGGUGCUGGAGGACAUGUAUCACCUCCUGAACUGUCCGGCCGAGGCGGGGAGUUGCCCUUCGGGACAUUGAGCCACCAUGGGAGGUUGCAGCGAAAGACACACUCCACUUUGGGGGGGGGGGAGGGUCUUGGCUGCGCUUCCCCUGCCCUUUUCCCCUCCUUCGGCCCCCAAAGUCUGGGAAUGAUCCUCAAGUUCCUUUUUGGUUGGUUCUGGAACCUUUACAGUUGGUACAUGUCUCCUUCGGAUCGGUGCAAGUGCGCUAUCGAUCGAUAUGCGUACCCUUUUGAUAGGUAGGAGUGCCCUUUGUAUUGGUAAAUGUGCCCUUUGGAUCGGUGCAAGUGCGCUAUCGAUAGAUAUGCAUGCCCUUUGUAUUGGUACGGGUGCCUUUUGAUAAGUAUUAGUGCCUUUUGAUAGGUACGAGUGCCCUUUGGAUUGGUACGUGCCCUUUGGAUUGGUAUGUGUGCCCUUUCAAUUGGUACAAGUGCCUUCUCAAUGGGUACGAGUGCCCUAUCGAUAGGUACAAGUGCCCUCUCAAUGGGUACAAGUGCCCUUUCGAUAGGUACAAGUGCCCUUUGGAUUGGUACGAGUGCCCUUUCGAUACGUAGGAAUGCCCUUUGUAUUGGUACAUGUGCCCUUUGGAUUGGUAUGGGUGUCCUUUCAGUUGGUACAAGUACCUUCUCAAUGGGUAUGAGUGCCCUUUCGAUUGGUACAAAUGAACUUUGGAUUGGUACAAGUACCGUUGCAGUUGGUACGAGUGCCAUUUCGAUAGGUAUAAGUGCCCUUUGGAUGGGUAUGUGUCCUUUCGAUGGGUAUGAGUGUCCUUCCGAGGGUACGAGUACCUUUUCAAUGGGUAUGAGUGCAGUUUCGAAAGGUACAACUGCCCUUUCAAUGGGUAUGAAUGCCCUUGGGAUUGGUACGAGUACUGUUUUGAUUGGUAUGAGUGCCCUUUGGAUUGGUAUGAGUGCCUUUUCAAUGGGUACGAGUGCAGUUCCAAUAGAUACGAGUACCUUUUCAAUGGGUACAAGUACCUUUUCGGUGGGUAUGAGUACCUUUUCGAUGGGUACGAGUACCUUUUCAGUGGGUACGAGUACCUUUUCAGUGGGUACGAGUACCUUUUCAGUGGGUACGAGUACCUUUUCAGUGGGUACGAGUACCUUUUCGAUGGGUAUGAAUGUUGUUUUCAUUCGUACGAGUGCCCUUUCAAUGGCUACGAGUGCCCUUUGGAUUCUUACAAGUGCCUCUUUGAUGGGCGUGAGUACCUUUUCCAUUGGUACGAGUGCUCUUUGGAUUGGUGCGGAAACCUUCCCGACCCUUCAGUAGCCCUAAGGAGAGCUGGGCAUCCUAACACCCUUUCCAUACGUCAUGUCCUUCUAAAACCACAACCCAACAACGUGUCGAUACUUUUGAGACUUCACCUCAGAAGCCUUGCGAGUUACGAGCAAUGGGAUUCGCCCCAUAAAGAGCAACCCACCAACCCAUUAUACAUUUCAGACUUUGAUUUGCCCCCUAAAGCACAACUCACUCAUCCAUAAUAAGAAUUCACUGCUUCAUAGCGAAGCAUUUCGACCAGGGGUAAAUGUGAUUUCGCUUGUUCGGAAGUUCCUUUUUUCCCCAGGUAAAUCCUGAGACCUGGGGUAACUUGGGUCUGUCCUCCAGGAAACUGAUUAUACUAUUUAUUUUGGUUUUUAUUACUAUUACUGUUAUUAUAUUAUUAAGAUGGCCGGAUAGUUUUUAACAAAAGUUUUUUUCUCUCUCUCUCAAUUGUGUAGUUUGGAUAUGUGAGAACUUAUUUAAAAAAAUAAAAUAGUGGUCAAAAUGGAAUUAAAGCAGAAUUCUAACUCUU